UUUUAGCAUUACGAGAUGGGCCUGGCCUUCGCCGUGUGCGAUCGUCAGUCGGUCAGUCCUCACUCUCACAGGCCUAUCCAAACUCGUGCAAUUGGUUGGUCAUUGGUCACAUUCUUCUUGGCUCCAACCAUUUAUUUGUUCUGCAUCAGAAACCAAACAGAACAAGAAGCUCCCGGAGUAGUUGCGAUGGCGUUACCCGUCGUUGAUACAGACUACGUCAAGGAGAUCGACAAGGCUCGUCGCGAUCUUCGAGCUCUAAUCGCCAGCAAGAACUGCGCUCCUAUCAUGCUCCGUUUAGCCUGGCACGACGCGGGGACCUAUGACAAGAGCACGAACACUGGAGGGCCGAAUGGUUCGAUAAGGAACGAAGAGGAGUACUCUCAUGGUUCUAAUAACGGCUUGAAAAUUGCUCUUGAUUUCUGCGAGGAAGUGAAGUCUAAACAUCCAAAGAUUACUUAUGCUGAUUUGUACCAGCUUGCAGGUGUUGUUGCAGUUGAGGUCACUGGGGGUCCCACAAUUGACUUUUUUCCUGGUAGAAAGGAUUCUAAGGUUUCUCCGAAGGAGGGGCGACUUCCUAAUGCCAAGGAAGGUGCCCCACAUUUAAAGAACAUCUUUUACCGGAUGGGUCUGUCAAACAAGGAUAUUGUGGCACUAUCUGGGGGCCAUACUCUGGGAAGGGCACAUCCCGAAAGAUCAGGUUUCGAGGGCCCUUGGACUGUGGAGCCUUUAAAGUUUGACAACUCAUAUUUUGUGGAAUUGCUGAAAGGGGAGUCAGAGGGUCUUUUAAAACUUCCCACCGACAAGGCGUUGUUGGAUGAUCCUGAGUUCCACCGCUAUGUUGAGCUGUAUGCAAAGGACGAGGAUGCGUUCUUUCGAGACUAUGCUGAAUCUCAUAAGAAACUUUCAGAACUAGGAUUUACUCCUCGCUCCUCUGCCUCCAAGGCAAUUACAACUGACACCAAGACAUUGGCACAAAGUGCAUUUGGAGUUGCAGUGGCCGCUGCUGUGGUCGUCCUGAGCUAUUUGUACGAAGUUCGCAAGAGAGCGAAGUAAAUGGUAAUCUGGUUGUGAAUCAUUGCGAGUUAGUGUAUUUUUGCAGCCAAGGAGUUACCCAUUUAAUAUGGCAAUAAUACAUUCCUUACUGAUGAUUCAUGACAGCUAGAUGAACUCUUAUAUUCAUAUUCAGGGGAUUGAUGACAAGAGUUCUGAGAAACUCACCGUCAUCUUAAUUCUAAAGUUUCUUGUUGCUUAAGAUUGGAACGAAUUAUCAAAUAAAACAGCUAGAACCCCUAAAUAAUCUACUUAAUGAUUGUAAAUAGAGUCCAUAAGAUGAAGACUUGUCUCAUGUGUCACUUUAUUGAAUCUCAAGUUUUCUGGGAUAUUAUUUUUUUGCACUUGGUCGGUUUAUUUGUUUAUAUAUACAUGACAAUGCCAGAGCUUUAAUGGAUGUCUGAGAAA